GGGCUGCCGGGAGAGGCCUGGCCAGGUCCAGGGCACGCACGUUCACGCAAGAGUCCUUCCGGCCCCGCCCCUGGACGUGCCCGAAGACCUCCGCUUUCCCCGCCUGGUGGGAUGGAGUCGCCCGCUCUCCGCGCGCAGGUUCUGGGGUGCGCAGGGCUGUGCAGCCUGGUCCGUGGUCCCUGCACACCGCCGGCUCCCGACGAACAACGAGCGAGUGGGAUGAGAGCGGUUUAUGUUCAUUCAUUAACUCAUCAUACUGUGUCCCAGCCAAGCUUGGGACCCGGCGCUUCGGUGUCACCGUGGAUAAAUGACGCUGUAGUGAGUCUGCGAAAGCUCUAAUGCAGCGCACCAAAGGGACCUGCAAUGGCCAGGGAGUACCUGACAGGCUUCCACAAACGGAAGGUGGAGCGGAAGAAGGCGGCCAUCGAGGAGAUAAAGCACCGACUGAAGCAGGAGCAGAAGAAGCUCCGGGAAGAGCGCCACCAGGAAUACCUGAAGAUGCUGGCAGAAAGAGAGGAGGCACUAGAGGAGGCGGAUGAGCUGGAGCGGCUGGUGACAGCAAAGACCGAGUCGGUGCAGUAUGACCACCCCAAUCACACAGUUACCGUGACCACCAUCAGUGACCUGGACCUGUCAGGGGCCCGGCUGCUAGGUCUGCCCCCGCCUGAGCAAGGGGACCUGGAUGGGUCCCAGGAGGAGGUGUCAUCCAUGGAGAAGCCAACAAAAGCCUUGCCCAGAAAGUCCAAAGAUCCCCUGCUAUCUCAGCGCAUCUCCUCCCUCACAGCCACACUGCAUGCACACAGUCGGAAGAAGGUGAAGAGGAAACACCCUCGGCGGGCCCAGGACUCCACCAAGAAACCACCCAGUGCCACACGUACCAGCAAGACUCAGCGCCGCCGCCGGAUGACUGGAAAAGCCAGGCACAGCGGGGAGUGAGCCCUUGAGAAGAAGCCUGUGGCUCCCCAGCCAAAGUCCUGGCUGUCACCCAGCUAUGCCGAGGGGUAACUGCAGCCUAAGCCUGGAAACAGGACUUCUCCAGCCUGGGGCCAUCUUGUUUGGGACCACCCUGGGCUUUGAGCCAGGAAGGAAUGGGCUUCCUAGAACCCUGGCCCCAGGAGCCUGCAGAGUGGUGUCGGGGUUUCUUCACACAUGUACAUCCACCUGGGACUCAACAGUCUUUGAAACUC